GGCGUAGCAGUCGCGUGUCGGCGUAUCGCAAAUAUCAAAUAAAAAUAUGACCUUGAAACUGACUUAAAUAACGAACAUUCAAAACAAAAUGCAAUCGUACAAAAUUAAAUUCGAAUUUAGAACAUUGGUGUGAGUGAUAAUGUUGUAGCGUUUUGCGGAAUUUUUGGCUUUAUUUAUGUGAAAAUUUAUCGCGAUUAGAGAUGUUUUGUGUCAAUUACACUGUCGGUGUUGAAGCGAUUGUCUGGAAUUUGUUAAGGGUCGGCGACUACAAUGCACUCUAACGAAGUACAGCGAAAGGAAUGAGUUACUAGCAACAAUUAUACCUGCCUUACAUUAUAAUAGACAUCAAAAUGACUAAUGUUAAAUUAAAAUUAAUGUUUUUUAUAUUAAAUGCAGUACUGUCUUCGAAUAUAAUACACGGUAGGCCGUACUCUGAACGUAAUGUAACAGACGCAUCAAUAUUAUCGGUUGAUAAUCGUUCUUUCACGUUACCAGUUGAUCCUAACCUAGAUACGUUGGUAGUCGCUAGUGAUGAGGAAAUUCCAGAAGAUACUAGAAGUUUUAAAACACAAUUGGACGACAUCAUGAACGCAGAACAAGACAGAGACGAAGCACUAUCAGAGAAAGUGAUGAAAGAUCAAGUGAGCAUUCUAGAAAUGCACAAAGAUGACGCCGAAGGUAUUGAGAAACAAUUAAACAUAUCAAGUUCGCUUUUAGAUAAGAUUAUUGAUUCGGAAACUGAUAGGGAAGAGACUCUCACUGAUAUACUAUUUCGACAUGAUUCAGAUUUUGUUGAAGAUGCACCGAGAUUUGAAUUCUUAAUAUCGAGAAAAUUGAAUGAAAGUGAUGCAAGUAAUGUGACUUUAAGUAAAGACUCUGGGUUCAGUGAGAAUAAAGUCGAGACAGGGGACAAAAAUAUUAGUGAUGUGAUGAAAAAAGCUGAAUACGUUGAAUUGGUGGAAGUGUUUAAACCAACUAAUGAGAACAAGAGUGCGUAUAAUUUAGCUAAUAUGACCGGUCAUGAGGUAGACAACGAUCUAGCGCCGGACACAAUCCUCUCUCUCUUCUCAGGUUUCACGGACAUGCAGACGUUGCUCUUGGCCUGCUUCGGUACGCUGCUGCCGCUUCUAGCCGUGCUAUUUGCUACGCUUGCUGUCAGGUCUUUAUGCCGGCGCUGGUGUCCCGGCUGGUGCAAGAAGCCCGUGGAAUCUUCGGUCUCUGAAAGUAGCGAGAAACAUGAUACUAACCAGCAGUUAAAAUCGAGUGAAGAUGGCGUUAGUGUAGGCGGAAGGCUAGAGGGGCUGGAGGAAGAAGAGUCACCGCCCGGCAAUGGCUCUAUAUUCACUAUGACACUCAAGAACAAUCAUCUCAUCGUGGAGACUGAAGAACGAAACGACAUAACGAAGAACGGUCGCGAAACAAAAAUGAAGUAUUCUCCAGACAACGACGGUAUAUUCGUGGUGGAAGUCCAGCAGUCUGCGGUAUACAGACCGUGCAAGUCGAUCCAGAACUCACCGCCUCACGAUCCUCAAAUAUCCACAAACCAAGCCCUAAUACAUCGCAUACCAGAAGAGUUAGAAAGGAGAAUUAUAGAAGAAGACAGUGAAAGGAGUAGUGAAAAAUUCGAUAGACAGGCGCUAGCAUUAUCCAGUACUGGACUUUCAAUUUCUGAUCUUAGUAUGUCUUCGAUAGGAUCUCAUAAUGUCAGCUACUCAUACGGAAGUCAGAUGGGGUAUGAACAGGGACCAUUUGGAUAUCCAGUUUACACUGGUUAUGAUAUAUCAAAAGAUGAUACCGAUGGCAUUACUCAUGAUAAUUCCCAGGAACCACUGAUAGGCAAGACACCGACUGAUCCCUAUAAGCCAGUCGUCACUGCAGCUAUUUUUAAACAGGAUUCUAUAAUUGGUAGCGACGCUUUGCAAGGACCUGGUUAUUGUAUCGAAGGAUCUACUGACGGGCCUCUACUUUCUGAUGUACAAGCUAGAGAAUACAGCUUGCAACAUAUACAUGAUUUGAAAGAAAGAAAGAUGGAAAAUGGAGUAGCUGUACAAAUGUUUGAAAAGAGUAAAAGCCCAGAAAGGAAAGAUAAAAGUGAUUUUGCCCCUUUAAAUUUAGACAACAAACCUUCGUCUGAAGUAAUGGAGAAGAAAACGGAAGAUUUACCUUUAAAAGAUGUUUGUAAGAGUAAAAAAGGUUCUUUGCCAACGAUCCGAACAGAUGUUUAUGAGUCAGUGAAGGAGGUGAUGUUGACUGGAUCUCCGAAAUUCGAGAAGUUACAAAAUGAGGUGUCACCGGAAGGUUUCGGUUACGACAUUCCUCCGCCAAUGAUCACCAUCACGGAGGAGAGCGAGUCCGGCAAGUCUGAUAGCACCAGCUAAAGUUGGCAGCCUAAGUUAUAUUAUACAUUUAAGUAGAGAUAGGACAGAAAUUUUUAAAGUAAAUCGAAUUUCUUUUGAUGCAUUUUAAAAUGGGUUCCUCCAGCAUUUAAUUUAAUAUUUUUUUUAUUAAAUAACAUAAUUAUGAUCAAGUAUUUAGAUAUAAUUUUAUUUUUAUCUAUUCUUAAGGUCUUCUACUAGUUUUAUGUCAGAUAAGGAAUUUGAGGUUUAUUUCAGGAUUUUUCUAAAUGUUCUCUAAAUAAUUGUAUGCUAUAAGCUUUAGUGUUGUUUUCUGAUUGACUCUGUUUUAUUCUGUUAAUAUUUAA